AAAUUUUGUAAAACAAUAGUUUUAGUAUUAAAGUUUCAUAUUUUUUUGAUUUUUUCAUAAAGUGUUCCGUGCAGGCAUGACAAAAAGACAACCCAAAGAAGAAGAAGAAGAAGAAGAAAGUUUUGUAACGAAUUCUUAUCAAACAUCGCUGUGAAAUGCAACCUGAUCUAUUACAAGUACAUCAAUACGUAAAAACAAAGAAAGACAGCCAAAUUGAAAAUAGCAUCCAAAACCACAAACGCCAACAACAAAAUAACAGUAUAAAUGAAAUAUUAAGCGGUGAUCUGUACAUUAUUGGAAAAAUAUGGAUCGGUGCUUUACAAAAAGCUUUAACAGGAGCAAACGUAGAUUUAGUUCCCAUAGUACACGCAGCUAAACUUCCAGAAGUACCGCAAAGACCUCCCAAAAUGAAAUACUCAGAUUUACCCAUCUACGAAACACCUCAUUACGAAUACAAAGAAUACAUAGACGAAAGAGACAAAUGUCCAGAAAGAAAUGAUAAAUUAUUACAGCAAUAUCUACUACCAUACGUAAAAUAUUACAGACGGAUUGCUAAAGAAAACUUUUGUUCUAUGAUAUGCAUUACAAAACAAACUUGUUCAAAUACCUGUUCAGCCAUUAGUAAUGCUAAAAAUGAUUUUAAAACUACUAUGAGAGAUCCAAAUAAUUUGACAAAAAGACAGGCUGUGGUGGGCUUGGGAACGUUAACUGGAUAUUUGAUUGGGGGCAGUGGUGGACUCCCUCGUAGGAUUUUCUUUACAAGCGCAGGAUUUUUAGCCACUGGAGCGCUUUGUUAUCCUAAGGAGACUGAUGAGAUAUUUAGAAAUGUCGCAGCUAUAGUUGGAAAGACUGCUAUUUCUCUAUAUAAUUUUGCGUGUCUUAAAAAUUCUGGUCUGAGAGAGAGGAUAGCUUGUACCGAUGAUUUGCCUCUACCACCGCCUCAGAGAAAAACGAUUCAGUGUCCUCCAAAAAAUUAAACCUUGAUAAAGUCUUUCAGACUUGUUUACACAGUUUCAGUUUUAUUUUGGCGUAAAUUUGUUAUGUUACAGAUUUAAACCAUUUCACUGGAAAAUAGAGGACUUUUAGUUUUUGUAGUGUAAAAAUUUGGUUUUAAAAUACAAGGAUUGUGAAAGGUA